AUGAAGAACUUUGCAGGUAUAACCAAACCUCUGCACAAGCUAACCGAGGAGAAUCGAAAUUUCUGCUGGAAUGAAAGUUGCGAUUUCGCAUUCCAGGAGCUCAAGGACAGUCUGUGCAAAACACCUAUUUUGGGGUACCCUGAUGCGGGCAGGGAAUUUAUAGUUGAUACAGACGCAAGUGAUAUAGGACUUGGUGGUGUGUUGUCUCAAGGGAAUGGUAAUCAAGAAGUUGUGAUAACGUACUUCAGCAAGUCGUUGUCAAAGCCGGAAAGGAACUAUUGUGUCACAAGACGGGAUUUGCUGGCUGUGGUAAAGUCGUUGCAGCGUUUUAGCAAAUAUCUUAUGGGGCGGAAAUAUCACUUACGAAUUGACCAUGCUGUACUGAAAUGA